AUGACCAAAAAGCAAAAAAGGUAAGAUGACUUCCAGAAAGUCAAGCUUAAGGUUGGCAAAAAGAAGCCAAAAGCUGAUAAUGCAACAAACAUCAACAUCAGAUCAAAAGCUAUCCAUUUACCAGAACAGCUGACGCAUGGUGAUUCAGGACCAACCACACACAGGCAGCUCAGCAUCAAGGAUCUGUUGUCUUAGCUACACUACAACAGCAAUGUGAAGCAGGGUGCUCUGGUGGGUUUGCGAGAGCUGCUGUCAGCUCACCCCACUCUGGUGGAGCAGCAUGCCUCAGCGGUGCUGUCUGAGGUGGCUACACUGUUCACAGACGAAGACGGCACCGUGCGAGCAGCUGCAGUGCGUCUGUUGUGUUUCAUUGCUCAGUGCAUCUCUCUCGAACGUGUCGCACUCUUCUUCCCCCUGCGGAGUGCCCACCUCACUUGUGCCAUGACCCAUAUCUCAGAAGGCAUCCAGGAAGAUGCUCUCCAUGUCUUAAAUGUGCUGCUUGAGCACUAUCCCGGGCUUCUGUCUCUGAGACAUACAGUUCUGCUGGCCAGUUUUCUUGAGCUCAUCUCCCAGAGACGAAAGGUUGGAACGGGGCAGGAUAAAUCAGGGAAAGGAGGCUUUUCUCUGACCAUCAGCACAUAUCGCUCUGUGACAGCACAGCAAUGGAGACUCACUAUGCUACUCACGUGUACAGCCUACUCUGAGCCCGGGGCUGGGAAGAACGAGGAGCUGUGCUCAGCUGAGACCAUGCAGGGCUUUGCUGGAACGCUGGUGCCUCUGCUACUGGAGGUCUGGGUGGAGGCGGCAGGUGGAGAGCGAGUGCAGACGGACAGUGGCCACCUGAUCUCAGCUGAGUUUAUGGCUCUUAUGUUCCAGAUCCUCACCAUACUUCAGUUGCUGAGAAGACUCAUGCAGAGAGACCAACAGGACAUACUGGAUGCCUGGUUCAGAAGCUCGUAUUUGGCUGACUUCAAACAGCACUUCAUGAAGAACUUCCCCUAUAGCCUGCAAGAGGUAUCAAACCACAAGAAAAAAGCUGAUGAGAAAAGGAGCAGGAUCCUGGCACGCUGGUUGGCAUCACUGCCAGUGCAGUUAGUUCUGUUGGGCAGUAGGAAUCCUCAACUGUCUGCACUUAUAUUGGAGACGAUACAGUCAGCCACUGUGAGGGGCAACAAAGACCUUCUGCACAGUCUACAGAAACAUGCCUGCAGUCUUUAUGAUCCACAGACGGGGUGUGUGGUGGUUUUACCAGUUGAGUCCCAGAAAAGGCUGGUUCAGAUUCUCUAUUUCCUGCCAGUGUUUCCCUCAGACCUUCUCGAUUGCCUUAGCCAAGAGGUUGAUUUAAAAGGAAAUGGAGGAUCUUGGAUGAACAGUAUUUUUAGACUGACAUUCUCACUACACACUCACAGUCAAGCACAGUAUAAGAUUAAAACAGGAGAGCGGAUGAGUGCCGGAUGGCUGCAGAGUUAUGUGUGUGUGAUUGCCCGCAGGUCUCCUCUGAGUGGCUGCUUGGGCACUUCACAGGAUGUGCCAUUGAGGGAUGUGGAUUACCUUAGUUUCUUUUUCACUACACUAACAGGUUUCUCCUCUGAGAUGUUGCGAGCCCUACAGCACACCUAUGAAGACGGCUUGUUGCUCUCCACCACACUCUUUCCCCUCAGCGUGUUUGCCACCAGCCUGGAGCAGCUCCUACACCAAUGGGAUGUGGUGGAGGAGGUGUGUCACUGCCUGGAGACUCUGGGUUCUCGUGCACAGUGUUUUGAUGUAAUACAGAAUGCCAUCAUUAAGAAUCUGGUUGGUCUUAUAAUGGUGCCAGACUCUUUGUGUGUUCCCCGGUUACUGGAUCUCAGCAUCCAGCCCAGCGACACACUGCUCCACUUCCUGUCUGACUGUUGCCUGAGCAUGCUCAAUCUGUUGCUGCAACUGGAGCAGAGCACCUGCAAGAGCAUCUCUAUGGUGGAGAGACUCAAGAGCAGUGGUUGAGUGACUUGCUGUACUGCUACAAGUGUGACGCUCUCUGGUCACCGUGCCAACAUGGGCCUGAGAGAAACCUAUUAAUUGCUGAACAUAACAAUAUUGAUUUACUUGAGCUAUUGCCUGGCUUUUUCUUCUUUCUUUUUUUUUUAAACGUUUUUUUUUUAUUUUUAUUUUUACAAAAUUAGGAAAAUAAAGCUUGUAAUAAUUAAUUGAUUAGGACUCAGUUUCAUAUUUAUUACAAAAACAUUUAUUGGGACACAUCUGGAGAAUGAUAGUGCUAAUUACAUAGAAAUUGUACGACAACCAUAAUUACCCACAUGUUUUGUCGGAAAAUCAAGAGUGUGAAAUUAUGUGUCAAUUCUUUGGAAAGGCAACUAAUACAAACAGACGUGUGCAGUUUUCUUUUUUUUAAAAGGAGUUUCUAAACGUAUUUCACAAUUUUUAAAAAAGCCUGUUUGAGGGUUAUUUUUUUUUAAAUUACAUGUUCCAGCAACUUUUUUGAUAUAGAAAGUCUGUGUUGAAACAUAACCUGCAAGAAGGGUUAUCAGGGCUGUUUCUAGCGGUGUAAGCGGUCCCUUAGGGCCCUUGAGCCACCAGGUAGCCCCGUAAAUCAAGGUAAUUAUUUCAUUUUUUGUAUAAUUAUUUAUUGU